AUGGUCUCCCAAGGUUGGAUCGAUUAUUACAAUAAUUUUAAAUUAUAUUUUAUCAUUUCAAAUCGCGAUUUUCGAGCUAAUGCUGGUCAUCAAUUUCAGAUCCUAGCCACUUUAUGUGAACAAGCUCAACAAACAGUAAAUAGUGCUCUUCAAGUAUUUCUUCAAAGACAAUUUGUUAGUUCUCAAAUCAUUUCUCAAGAACUUUUUCGAUCUCAAAUCAACGAAAGUAUUGAAAGAUGGAAAUCAAAUACUCUCAAUUCAUUUUUACACCUAACUCAAUUAAUUCGUGUUACAAAUCAAGGAAAUCAACUUAUCAAUAGUUUUCAUAAUUUCUAUUUUUAUCUAGAUCAAAUUUCUGAACAAUUAAUUCCAGUACCAGCUAAUUAUUCAACUUGUUCAUGUGCAAGAUCGAGUGCAUGUCAAAUUCCUAUGGGUAUAUUCGUUUACAACUGGACAAUCUUUGAUUAUGUUGAACUUUUUCGUAUUCCUAACUUUUUUACUGGUUGCUUUCUAGUUGAAUCUUUACUCGAAUCGACUUUGGAAUGUUUUUAUGAUCAUCAAUGUAUGAAAAUCAUUGAAUCUUACACGUCUAAUACAACAACUAAUUUUUCACUACUUGAUACAACUCGUAAUUCACCAAAUGAAACGGUUCAAUCAAUUAUUAAUCGAUUAAUGAUCGAUGCAUGGCAAUCAAAUAUAUCAUUUAGUGCUUAUUAUAAGAUGUGUUCACCAUUAUCUUGUACGUAUGAACAAACACGUCGACAUGAUAUUGUCUAUCUAAUCUCAUCUAUUUUUGGUCUAUUUGCUGGUUUGGUAUUUGGAAUAGAAAUUCUUAUUUUAAUUAUACUUCGUUUUAUUGAAAAAAUGGUUAAUGAUUUUUCUUUAAUCGAACUGAAAAGAAGAUUUAAAGAUUUAUUUAUCUGUCGUGAGGAAGAACAAAUUAUCAAUCGAUGUCAUUUUAUUUUACUUAUACUCACCAUAUCUCUCCUCUAUAUGGCUACAUCUCUUACGCUAGUGGCUAAAACUGAACGAGUCAUUAAACCAUCUUUAUUCACCUAUCAAUAUCUACUAACAAAUUACCAAGACUCACUUCAAUGCUCUUGUUCACAUAUAUCAAUUGAAUAUCAAUCAUUUCUUACGAUGACGUCUCGUAUUCAUCAAAUCUGUUCAAGUGAUUUUGUCUCAAACGACUGGAUUGAUUAUAUUUAUAAUACUAUUGAUCCUUUUCAUUUGAAUUAUACUGAUUUUCGAACAACAGCUACUGGUCAAUAUCAACUAUUGGCUUCAUUCUGUCAAUUCUCUCGACAAGUACUUAACGAUGCUUUAUCGAAUCUAUUAACUAGUCAUUUUAUUGACACUGAACUGCUCUCAUAUAAUGUAUUAUAUGAACGAAUUCAAUCAUCUCUCAAAGAAUUUCAAAUG